CAACUUUCUCUAAUUCCACCGUCUUUUGGACAACCGAAUUAUGCAAAAUAUCUACUUCCAUAAUAAUCUUCACAAUGCAGUUAUAGUUUUCACAUAAAAGAUGAUUGAUAACCUUAAAGGUAUGCCGCCGGCAACUGAAAAAGGUUGCCGGCUAACGGCGUUGAUGGAGUCCGGUGGACUAGCAGAAGUAGAUCUGAGUCAUGAGAAGCAGCCAAAUUUCACUGGCCGUAGGCGAUUGAAUGUACGUCGGUUGGAACCGCCGCCUGAGCUACCGGAAAAUUUCAAUGACUUCGCCGCUGAUUACGGGCAUUACAAGAAGAAAAAAGCAGAAAGUGAUACUGAUGAGCAAGUUCAAGUAGGGACAUCUGGUGAAGUGAAAAAAGUAAGGGAGAGCUUGGUCACGUGCUUGUCACAUGGAUCGAUAUCGUUGAUCGGCUGGAGAAGGGAAAUGGAAGAUGCAGUGGCGAUUCAUCCUGGAUUUUUCAGUAUAGGCGGCAGCAGGAAGUAUGAUUAUUUCGGUGUUUACGACGGGCAUGGAGGCUCACGUGUAGCGCACGCGUGCCGUGAGUUUUUGCACCAUUUGGUGAUACAGCAAGUUUUGGAAGAAAAUGAUGAGAAGAGUCUUAAUUGGGAGAAAGUGAUGAGGGAGAGUUUCCGUAAGAUGGACGAAAAGGUGAACGAGAAAGGGGCGGAGAUGGCGACGAUAGGAUCAACGGCGGUGGUAGCGGUGGUGGGAGAGGAGGAAUUUAUUGUUGCGAAUUGUGGAGAUUCAAGAGCUGUGCUUUCACGUGCUGGAGUUGCCUUACCCUUGUCUAUUGAUCAUAAGCCUGACAGACCUGAUGAGCUGGAUAGAAUCGAAAAUUCAGGUGGGAAAGUCAUAAAUUGGAAUGGACAAAGAGUUUUAGGAGUUCUUUCUACUUCAAGAUCCAUAGGUGAUAUGUACCUCAAACCGUACGUGAUACCAGAUCCUGAAGUUGUAGUUAGCAAAAGAAGUGAUGAAGAUGAAUUCAUAAUACUUGCAAGUGAUGGUCUAUGGGAUAUCAUUCCAAAUGAUGUUGCGUGUGACAUUACAAGAAGAUGCUUGAAUGGUCAAACGAUCAGGAGGUGCGACCAACAAAGCAAAUCCGAUAAGAUUGAUGAUCAGUCAAGUGAAGGCAUCAAAGGAAGUCUUGCAGCACGGGCAGCUACCUUCCUUGCAGAGUUAGCAAUUGGUCGGGGUAGUAGGGAUAACAUCAGUGUAAUUGUGGUCGAGUUGAAUAGAUCUAUGUGUUCAUCCACUGACUGAACAUAAUUAAGCUUCCCAGGCAAAUGAUAUGUCAAACAAUUUUAUGGCAGUUCAUUUUGAAGAUGCCCACCAGGUUAACAAUGUGAAGGGGUAUCGAUCUUUUUUUCCCUUUAUGAUUGUCUGCAGCAAUAUCAUUACUUGCCUUAGUUGCAUGCUCACGCACUAUUCUCCUUUUGCUUUGUAAAGUUUAUGGUUAUUUAAACUAUUAUUGGCCUUGGUCAUUUACAUUUGAA